CCAUGUUGGAGCCCGAAGACCCUGGAGGGACAUCCCUCCAGGUGUCUCAUGUAGUUACAAUAGAUGCUUCGGGAAUGGAAACGGAAGGUUCCAUUAUAGAUACAGACUGUUCGGAAAACAUUAAAUCCGUUAAAAGAAAGAGAAUAUCAACUAGAAACCAAAAAAAGAGAAGGAAUCACAAACAUUCAGAUCUACCAGAUUGCCAACUUUCCCCUAAUGAUAUAAAGGAUAAUGUUAUACCUAAAGUACUUGAGUCAGAUGAUAAAAUCACUGAAAUCCAUCAUAAUGAGGUUGCUAACUCUAAAAACAUUACGAGUAACCCUCGCACUGCUAGGCUGCUUUACCAGGCGUCAGACCCUGCGCCUUAUGAUGUACAUAUUCAAAAAAUUUUACAACCUAAUCAAACUGGAUCUAUACAUCCAGUACAAUUUGGAUUCUUUCUAAAAAAAAAUUCAAUAAAAAGCAUUGUAGAGGGAAGCAUAAAAAAAAUUGGAAGGAAUAGGUUGUCAUUUCAAUUUAAAACAUUUCAGGAGGCUAACUCAUUUCUAAAUCACAAAUCUCUUGAUGAUAAUAAAUAUAAAGCUUUUAUUCCGGCCUUCACUAUCACCCGCAUGGGAAUAGUGAGAGGUGUUCCAUGUGACUGGGACGAGAAAGAUGUUAUAGAAAAUAUAGAGCUUCCGCAGAACUGUGGAAGCAUUCUGAAAGUUAGGAGACUAAGCAGAAAGGUUUAUGACGGCGAGACACCCAAGUUUGUUCCAACUGAGACCGUAGUUUUGACCUUUGAUGGGAAGGUGUUACCUCCCAGGGUCUUUAUGUGUUUUAACUCCCUACCUGUAGAGCUUUAUAUUUACCCCACGCUGCAAUGCUUUAAUUGCUGCCGUUUUGGUCACACCAAAAUGCAAUGCAGAGGCACUCCAAGGUGUUACAAAUGUGGUGACAAUCAUUCAGGUAUAAGUUGCGAGACGGAAAGAGAUGAUGCUGUGUGUAUUUUAUGUUCUGGUUCCCAUUUCGCAACAGACAAAAAAUGCCCGGAGUAUGCUAGGCAGAAAGCUAUAAAAGAAACAAUGGCUAGAAACUCUAUAUCCUAUUCAGAAGCAAGUAAAGUCUAUCCACCAGUUUCAAAAUCUUAUGCUGACAUUGUUGCUUCUGCUUCAUCAGCCCCUUCGGGUCCAACUAUGACUUAUUCAAGCCCCUAUAAUUUAACAAGCCCUUUUAAGAGUCCGACUCAAUCAUAUAAGAAAACAGUAUUCUUGAAACCCAAAGCUCGUCCCAGAAAUUCUAGUAAGGGAUAUGAUCAAAAAGCGCAUGCAGAGCUUAUCCAAGAUUACAGCAACAUUCCUUCCUUUUCUACAGGUUGUCUCAAAAAUUACAAUGAUUUGUCAGAAAUAAUAACAAAGGAUCUCAUCAUUUCUAUAAUUCAGUACCUUUCACAAUCGAACAUAAUUAAAAUACCGUCCAACGAUGCCGUUUCUUCAAAAACUUUUUUAACUAAUGGACAGUCAGGACCAUCCACGAAACCAGUCUCUGGUGAUUCAAUGGAAUUGCCGGAGUAUUAAUAGUAAAAAAAGUGACUUAAUUUUUUUAUUGAAUAGUUACAAACCAUUUGCAGUCUCUCUUCAAGAGACUUGGCUUCGUCCUGGGUUCAAUUUUAGAAUUCCAGGACAUGUCUGUCUUAGAGAAGACAGAACAGAUGGGUAUGGUGGAGUGGCACUAAUUCUUAGGGGAGGUGUGCCCUUUGUCCACUUACCCAUCCCUAAUCACAGUGAUAAAUUUUCUAUUAUUGCUGCUAGUGUAAAUAAUAUCUGUUUUGUAAAUAUGUAUAUACCUCACCCUUCCAAUGAAGUCUUUGACGAUAUUCGUAGCAUCCUAUCUUCCCUCCCGCGCCCUAUUUUGGUUAUGGGAGAUUUCAAUGCACAACAUUCUAUGUGGGGAAGUUCUAAGUCUGAUCAUUAUGGGGCUAGAAUCUUAGACAUCUUAGAUGAUAAUAAUUUAUGUCUUUUAAACUCUGGUUGUCCUACUAGAAGAACACAGCCCCAUGAGGGUAUUAGUGCACCAGAUCUUACCCUUUGUAGUCCCUCACUUGCUCCUACAUUAAACUGGUGGCCUCUAUCGUCUUCAUAUGGAAGCGAUCACUUUCCACUAAUGGUAUCAUUUCCUCAAAAAAUUUGUGAAAAGACAUCAAAGGCCCCUCCCCGGCUAAAAUAUAGACUUAAGGAUGCCAACUGGUCAUUAUUUGGAGAUAAAGUUCAACAAAAUUUAUCAACCAUACCUCCACUAAAUGACAGCAGUAAUCAUCUUUGUGCUGAAGCUUUUACACGGGCCCUACUACAAGCUGCUGAGGAAGUUUUUCCUAUAAAAAACAAUAGUGGAAAUGGGUAUAUUCCAUCACCUCCUUGGUGGGACAGUGAGUGUUCUGCUGCGAUAGCUGAGAGAAAGAUAGCUGAAGAAAAUUACAGAGAAAAUUCUACAACACAAAAUUUUAAUAUUCUUAGUAAUCUUAUAACUAAAACUCGUAAAUUAUUAAAACAAAAAAGAUUCAAUAGCUGGAAAUCUUUUUGUGCCUCAAUUUCACCAGAAAUUUCUCCAUCUCAAGUUUGGCAAAAUAUUCGUAGAUUCAGAUCCGCUUUCAAACCUCCAAGGUCUCCUUUCAUGGAUAGUAGUACAGUUGAUUUGUUUCUUGACAAAUUAGCUCCACCAUUUGUCCCAUCUAUAGAUAAUAUUUCUUCUGACUCACAGCCUUCUCUCCUCUCCCAGCAUGAUAGUAGCGAUUCAUUCAUUUCCUUUAGCCUUUCAGAACUCAAAGGGGUUCUUUCAAGGCUUAGGGACUCAGCCCCGGGUUGUGAUGGAAUUCCAUAUUCUUUUCUUCAAAACCUGAAUGACUCCUGCCUUUCUUAUUUUCUCAGUUUAAUUAAUUCAAUCUUAACAUCAGGUAAUAUUCCUCCAUCAUGGAAAAUCCAUGAAGUUAUCCCAAUACAUAAGCCCAACAAACCCAUUAAUGAUCCAUCAUCAUACAGACCAAUUGCAUUAGCUUCAGUGAUUUCCAAAAUUUGCGAACAUCUAGUUAAAAAUAGACUAGAAUGGUUUAUUGAGAGUAAAGGGUUACUAUCUCCUAACCAGUUUGGAUUUAGGAAAGGUAGGAGUACGAUGGAUAGUCUCAGCAUUUUUAUGACAGACAUAAGAUUGGCAUUUUCAUACAAUAAGUCUGUGUUAGCAGCAUUCUUAGAUGUGUCUGCAGCCUAUGAUAAUGUCAACCUUUCGGUUCUGAAACAAAAAAUGAUUAAUUUGAAUAUCCCACAAAUUUUCAUAAGUUUCAUAAUCAAUCUUCUCUCUGGUAGAAUGCUUAAAGUAAUAUCAGAAGACUCUUAUCAAUCCCGUAUUGUCUGGAAAGGUUUACCCCAGGGCUCCGUUUUAAGUCCCUUACUUUACAAUAUAUAUUCUCAUGAUCUGGAAGCCUCCCUUAGGGGUAAAGUUAACACACUCCAAUAUGCAGAUGAUUUACUCCUCUAUGUCUCUGGUGAUUCUAUUGACAACAUGUCUGAUACUGUCACAUAUUCUCUUAAGUUGCUAAAAGUUUGGCUUGACAAUAACUCUCUAAGCCUUUCAGUUCCUAAAAGUAUUAUAGUCUUAUUUUCACGUAUGAGGCUUCCUCCAUCAGUGUCUGUAUUUUAUAAUAACAUUAGAGUUCCUGUUAAAAGUGAAGCAACAUUUCUUGGGGUAAUUUUAGACUCAAGACUUACAGGAAGCCCUCAUUGCUACUAUAUAAGUGAUAAAUGUGAGAAGAUUCUAAAUAUAUUGCGUUGCCUCUCUGGAGUUUGGUGGGGAGCCCACCCUUUCUCUCUAAAGCUUUUGUAUAAUGCCCUAAUAAGGAGUAUUUUGGACUAUGGAACAUUUAUACUUGAACCCUGUAAUGCAGUAGCUCUCCAUAAGUUAGACAUUAUCCAGUCUAAGGCUCUGAGAAUAAUUGCUGGGGCUAUGCGUUCGAGCCCUAUUAACGCUUUGCAGGUCGAAUGUUCUGAAGCCCCCCUGCACCUCAGACGACAAUUUCUUUGUGACCGGUUUCUAUUUAGAGCAUUCCAAGUUUAUAAUCAUCCUCUUUACACUAAGUUACGGUCUCUGCUGGAAUGUAUGGAUUAUCCGUACUGGACUCAUAAAUCGCCGCCAUGCCUUAUUGUUAGUCUCCAAAAGUACUUAGCUCUUCAAGCUCCUACACAUAGAUCACAAUUCCUUCCAAUAUUUUGUGUUAACUAUGAUGCCCUAACUUUAAAUCCAUCUAUUAUGUUUGAUUUCGGCCUAAGUAAACAAGAUCUUUCUAUCAAUGCCAAAUUUGUUGAUAUUAUUGACAGUGACAGCCGAUGGAAAAAUUGUCAUUUAAUUUUUAGCGAUUCCUCCAAACCCGGUCCCGAGGAGUGUGUGGGGGUCGGCAUUUUCCAUCAACAGUUUGGCAUUGUUCAGAAAAUAAAAUUGCCUCCAGAGACUUCAGUAUUUACUGGAGAAUGUUUUGGUCUUCUGAAGUCUCUGGAGUACAUUUUAAUGAUGAAGCUUAAAAAGUCAAUAAUUUUAACUGACGCUAAAAGUGCCCUCCAAGCCUUGGAACGUUUUCCUUUUAACAGUAACCGAAAUAAUCAUCCUGUGAUUAUUGCAUGUCGUGAUUUAUUGUAUCAAUGUUGCAUCAAAAAUUACACAGUUUCCUUUGCUUGGAUUCCGGGGCACUCGGGUAUCUUUGGCAAUGCCAAGGCCGAUAGCCUUGCCAAAGCUGCGGUCAAUGAUGGAGAUUUGGUUCCGUACAAAAACUUUUGUUGUGAUUUAGCUCUGCUUCCUAAAUUCCAAUUAUUGAAUUCUUGGACUCACAUUUGGCGUUCUUCAAGACAGACUAAAGGUCGAUAUUACAGCACGAUCCAGGUGGAUAUACCUCCUAAACCGUGGUUUUCAAAUCUGACGUUUGGUAAAGCUAUCACAUCGACCCUUAUUCGCAUGAGGCUGGGCCAUGCAUGCAUUCCCUUGCAUUUGGCAAGGCUUAACCUUUUGCCUAGCGAUAUAUGUGAGUGUGGCAAUGACGUUGGGGAUUUUAAUCAUAUAUUCUUUGCCUGUCCUCGAAAUGACCGUUCCGCUUUUAUUUCCUCACUUUUGUCCAUUAAAAUUCCUUUUCCUACUUCAAUUUCUAUCCUUUUAUCUAAUAUCAAUAUUGAUGUAUAUAGAAUAUUAGCUAGUUUCAUUUUUCAUAAUAAUAUAAAAUUGUAACCAUUUAUGUACUUAGUUUAUAUAAUAUAUAUACCUGAUCCUUUUUCCAAAUUCCGUUCCAAUUUCAAAUCCAAAAAAUAAAUCCAUUAAUUCACUUCCUAACCUUUUUGCGUGGCUGACGCACAAACCGUGCAGGCCAAGAAAUGGGAGAAAAAAAAAAAAAAAAAAAAACUUAUAAUCUAUUUUUUAGAGAAGUACGCAUUAUAAAGGAAGAAUUCUAGCUUAAAAUGGUUCAAACCAUGUUGCAGAAUAAUCAGUGUGUGGAGAACAUACAUCCUCCAGCGCAACUGACAGUGAUUCUUCCUUCUAAUUUGGAUCCUAAUAUACCACCGACGUACAUUGAUAUGAAUGUUUCAGAUAUUCCACCUCCUCAAGCAGAUUUCUUAGCUCCACCACCAUAUGAUGUGGCCGCUAACUCGAAGCUACCAACAUAUGAGGAAGUACAGCGUGAGAAACAGAUGGCAGGCGAAAGGCCAAUGGGUCAAGUUCCGUCUCACCAGCCGACGUUUACCGCCUUCGUGACGGUGGAGACUGCCGACCCUGGAACAGAGCCGCUAGACCACGAGAACAGCCUUCUGGGCACUGACGUCAUGUUCAUGACCUCGUUUCUCGUGGCGUUCUUGUUCAACUGGAUCGGUUUCCUGUUGCUGAUGUGCUUCUGUCACACGGUCGCGAGCCGCUACGGAGCCCUGGCCGGCUUCGGGCUGUCCCUCGCCAAGUGGACUCUCAUCGUGAAGCAGUCUACCGAUCUAGCCUCGCACGAUAACUCGUGGCUGUGGUGGCUAAUCAUGGCUUUUGGUAUACUAAUCUGUCUGCGCGCCAUAAUCCAGUACUUGAACAUCAAGCGCGGCUGGCGUCUGCUCUCCGGCACGGCUCAAGAGCGACUGUUGUUCUUCUACUGAGCGGAAUGUUCGUCUACCCGCACGAACGUUGGCCGCCGGGUCACCGACAAGUACGUCACACUUGUCUCUAAGUAGGUUGUUGACUAUUUAUUACUAACAAGAAAAAAAAAUCAGGACCGAUUGCAAAAAAAGUUUUUUUUUUUAAUAUUUUUUUUUUUGUAAAAUAAAAUCUAGUCCUCUCUUUGUAUGGUGUAUAAAUCUUUUGAAAUUCUAUAUAAAUGUGCGCUCUGCAAGUUAUUGUCGCUGUUGUUGUAUUAUUUGAUAGAUAAUUUUUUUUUUUUUAUUGCCCUUGUAGGCAGACGAGCAUACGGCCCACCCGAUGGUGAGUGGUUACCGUCGCCCAUGGACUUCAGCAAUGCCAGGGGCAAAGCCAAGCCGCUGCCUACCGCUUAAUACUCUCCACAAGCCUCGUUUGAAGAAGGACAUGUCAUAGCGCUCGGGAAACACCGAUUCCGACCGAAUAUGCCUAUUACAAUUGAGGAUUGGAAGUCUUCAUGGUAUUUGCGUUAUGGUAUCAAUGGAUCGACCGUCUCACGAAGACCCGGCGGAGCUGGUAACAAUGUACACGAUAUAAGAUGCGAGCAAAACAUUCUGUAAGUCAAUAGAAGAUUUGAUGACUACCUUAACAAAUAAUAAUUUAAAAUUACAUCUACAACGUAAAUACGCCACCCACCUUGAGAUAUAAGUUCUAAGGUCUCAGUAUAGUUACAACGGCUGCCGCACCCUUCAAACAGAAUCGCAUUACUGCUUCAGGCAAAAAUAGGCAGGGUGGUGGUACCUACCCGUGCGGACUCACAAGAGGUCCUACCAUCAGUAAUUGCGCAAAUUAUAAUUUUGCGGGUUUGAUUUUUAUUACACGAUGUUAUUCCUUCACCGUGGAGGUCAAUCGUGAACAUUUUAUUGAACUGUUAAAACUGAGACCUUAGAACUCUCGUCUUAACGUGGGUGGCGGCAUUUACGUCGCAAAUGUCUACGGGCUCCGGUAACCACUUAACAUCGGGUGGGCCGUGAGCUCGACCAUCCAUAUAGCAAUUAAAUUUUUUUUCAACACUACAAUAUCGAUUUAUUAACCCGAGCGUUUGUAUAUAUAUACAUAUAUUGUAUAUCGACUUGUCUGUAGAACGCAGUGAAUUGUAGUGUCGUUUAGAUUUUAAUCAAUAUCUAAUACCUAUGUAUGUACGAACUGUAAUGCGCGUCCGUGUGUAAAGAAAAAACAAGUUUGUUGUAUCUUUUUUUUAUAGAUACCUUAUUUCAGCGAAUUGUAAAUGACGAAAUUAGACAAAGACAAAACUUAUUUUAUUAGAAUUUUUUUUCUAUUCUACUGUGUUCAAUUGAAUAUAAUAAGAGAUUUGUUCUGUGUAAAAUCGUUAUUAGAAACUUGAACCGCAUUAAAUUGAUGUGCGCGCCUGUGAGAUACGAAUUGAAAAUACAUUGCAAUUGAGACGUUAUACCUUAAAGCUGCUGGUAUUGUUAUAGUUAUUAUCUUUGCAGGCGAACUAACGGUCCCCUUGAUUGUAAGGGUUUACUUUGUAAUGCCUAUAGGCUCCGGUAACCGCUUAACAUCGAGUGGGCCGGGAGCUCGUUUCGAUUGCAUUCAGUAAAAAAAAUUGUUGCAAGUAAUUUAUGUAGUGUAGUAACCAAAUAAAUUCAAAAGCUACUACUACUAAUAUGUACUAUUAAUGCACUAUUAAUUUCAUAUAUUUUUAUGCCUCUGAUUUCUAUGUGAAAUGUUCUAAAGAUACGGUAGCCAACGGAUUGGCUGUGCCUCAGGCAUUGCUGACGUCCAUCAGCGACGGUAACCUCUCACCAUCAGGUGGGUCGUAUGCUCGUCUACACGUGCAAUAAAAAAAAAGUACUAUUUGAGAUAUCCCGUCAUCCUGUACCAACGCACCACCCACCGGCUACAAGGCCACAUAGAUUUGAGAGGGACAGAGAGAAAAAGAGGGAGAGAGGGGGAGAGAUAGAGAGAGAGAGAGAAAGAGAGGGAGAGAGAGAAACCACAUAGAGUUGCUCUCAUUACUAAAUGCCACAUUGCCAAAGUAAAACGAGUUAAUGACUGGUCACGAUGAGCGUCCUCUCAGAGCAGUCCGUUAACAUUGUUAUUAGCACCGGCGGUUUUUACGUUGUUUUCCGGCUAUGAAAAAACGCCAACUGAAUCAUUGUAAAUAGAUUAUAUAUUUUAUAAAACAUGAAUUUGUUUUAGAUUUAUUCUUUGUUGUACCUGUGUAAAUUCAACGAAAAGUAUAAUAAUAUACAAUGAACGACAAAGUAUAUAUUUUUUUGUAAUAUAGUUAACGUUUUGUAUUUAAAUAGUUUUAUAAUUAAUUUUUAUGAAAAAAAAAAAAAUUUAGCACCUCUCGGAUUUUGUGACUUUUUUUUUCUUAUAUAGAGUAUGUUUUUCAGCGAUAUGUAUUUGUUUUUUCAAUCAUGUUUGAGAUCUAAUCUAAUGUUAAUACGCGAUGCACUCUCCUAUAUUAUAUGUAUGCUUAAGCUAUAUUUUCUCGAGUGCUUUAGGCAUUCCUGUUAGCAAAAAGAAAAGAAUCUACCUACCUAUAUCAUUCCAUUAAAAUGACUGUUGUAUAUUAAUUAUAAUUUAUAAUAAUUGGCCCUAACACGCGAAUUUUUCAAGGCGAAGAUGACUAUUUAAAUAAUAGUAAAGAGUACCCUUUUUGUGGUAAUUCGCGGUUAAAUUGUGGGGAAAUUAAUUUCGGGGAAUCUGUGGUGUGCUCACAAACGCUCAAGUAUCGACUUAAAGGCGAUCUGUUUGUGGAGACUAAAGGUCAGCCGUGGAUGUGAUUGUCGUUCACACUGAGCUGAUAAGUACGAAAGCUUUAGAAUCUCGCGCAUUGAAAUUAUGCGAUAGUGUGACAGGCAGCGCCGGGAAAUUUUUUCAGUCGAUACCCAUUAAACCCUCCAGUAGGGCCCCUCACUAAUAAAAAGGGUAAUAGAAAAAUUGUACCUACAAAGCAAGGGGGGUGUACAGGUUUGUGCCCUUCUAUCAUCAGAUCUGACAUUUCAAAAUUUAUCUCAGAAUUGGUCUGAGGAUUUCUUCGUACUCCCGCUGCCGAGAAGGGGCCUCGACAAAAAGUUUUAUUGUUUACCCAUUGUUACGUAUGAGACGAGAUAGAAAGGGCGGUUGUUAUCGGAUGUUCUAGAAAGCAUUUGAUUUCCGGUACCAACGAAUACCUUAUACGGUCAUUAUGAAGCAAAGCGCGCGCUCUCCAUUCAUUGUAACAACUAGUUAUUUUGUUUGUUUGUGUGUAAUGAUUUUUUGAAUUAAUUUUAUAUUUUUAGAAUUUUGUUACGAUACGCCGUGACACUAUUUCACAUAUUUAAGAAAUUGAAACACUUUUGUAUGAAUCCCACCCCAACACUGGUCACUGAAACAAUAUCCCCCUUGAUCCGCAAACCUUAUUGAUUUUUCAACAAUGAAAUAGAACAUAAGUGAAAAAUAAAAAAAGAUUACGUGUUAUUUAUUAAUUUAAAAAUCGUAUGUAUGUAAAUAAAAAAUAUUCAUAUUUUUUUAUUAUUAUUUGUAUUUACAUUUUCGUAAGUUUAAUGAUUUUUUAAUGUAAUAUUACGAAUACGAUAAAUGUGCUUUAAUGUAUUUUAGUUUUCUCACGAAAUGUGCAAAUGGAAAAAUUUGAAAAUUAUGCUACCUUUCUUUUGUGAAUCUGGUAGAUCUUUAAAUGUUUUGUUUUGUUUUUCUAUUGAAAUAUGAAAAAUGAAGACAAAAACUAUGUUUGACGAAAACAAUUUUACGGUUUCAUGAAUGAACGAUUGUUUUUUUGAAACAAAUAUUAUUUGAAAAUGAAGUACUACAAAGAUGUUUCUGUACUAAGCGUGUAUACAAAAUGUACUCCAAAACAGUAGUCGGCUCGUAAACCGUAAGAACCAAAUAUAAAUCUAACACACAAUUGAAUUUUAUUCAAAGGGCCAUGUUGGAUGCUUGGGUUUCUUCAAUAUAACUUCCACAAUCGAUUUUGUGCUUUUAUUUCCUUUAAACAGAUUAUUGUUAAUUUAAUACGUUGAGAACAAGUUAGCUUUUGGCACGGCCAUUAAUUGAAGUGUUUUAAAAAAUGGUGUCGGUGAACAUAAAUAAAAUUUUGUACAUUGCUCCUUAAAAAUUCGUAGGCGUUAAUAAGCCGUUAUAAUUUUUUCAAUAUAUAUUUUUACUAGCUGUACCCGUCCGCUUCGCUGGGCAAUUAAAAUUAACAUUAUUAUUUCUCACCCCCACAAAGAUUCUCAUCAUUAACGCCUCCGCAACUGUUGUAGGGAGCCCAACAAUCAUGUAAAUAUUAGCCUAUCCAUUAAGUACAUGUAUUUUCUACAUGGAUACCAAGUUUCAAGUCAAUCGGAUGCACGGUUCAGUAGUUAUAACGGAGCAUCCGUAAAAACCACUGUAUAUUUAUAUAAUAGUAUAGAUAGCCUUGUUUUUAAAAUUGUUUACUCAUCUCUUACAAAGCAAGAUGAUAAGUAAUAUUCUGUGCCGAGUCAAAGGGCAGCUUGAAGCCCGCCAAUCGCGGGUAGCCGACCACUGCUCUAGAACUUUCUUUCUUACAAUCUUUUUUUUUUGUUUUGGUACAGUUUUGAAGUCUAAGCGGAGACACGAACAUGACCUGCUAGCUAAGAUGAAUGGAAUAUUGUUCACUUAGUAUAAAUUAAUGUUUUGUAAGUCAACUUCUAUCUUAACAUCGUAGAUCCGAUAUCUUACCGAUAUGUAACCAUUACAUUGAGUACAACGGCAAAGGUAAAAAAAGUUUUUUUUUUUUACCUUUAUCGCAAUUUCUUCAGUGUUGCUGUGUAAAACACUUAAGUUUUUUUUUCACGGAGAUAUCUCUCUUAUAUACAUUGUUUAAACUGGAAGAAUAGUAACUAAACUAGAUAAAGAAAUUACGUAUGACUAAAAUAUCCAACAAAAAUUGGCGGAAACCAUUGUCCGGAUUAAAUGCAUACUUAUCUCUAUAUAUAAAAAUGAAUUGCUGUUCCUUAGUCUCGCUAAAACUCGAGAACGGCUGAACCGAUUUGGCUAAUUUUGGUCUUGAAUUAUUUGUGGAAGUCUAGAGAAGGUUUAAAAGGUAGAUAAAUAUGAAAAUGCUCGGAAUCGAAUAAAAAUAACAAUUUCGCUUUUCCUUUGAUGUGUCCCCCGCCGGACGGAUUCCUUAAGUUUAUUUUAUACAAAAGUUUAGGUCUUUUAUUUAUCGAUUGAGGCACUACGAAGUCUGACGGGUCAGCUAGUAAAUAAUAAAUAUAAUACCGUAAAAUAUAAAAUAUAGCCGUUGCAUAAUUUGCUCCAAGAAUUCGUACGUUUGAAAUUCGUCUACCCUCAUUUGAAAUGAAACCAUAAAAUUGUUUUAAACACUCUUAAAUAGACGUGUAAAUUUUUAUCACUAUUUCUAGUGCAAUAAUGUCUAGUUCUGAAUUAUAUUCUAGUGGAAAAUAAAAUUAAAUAUUCGUGAAAAA